AUGUCAUCGGGAUUGACAAGACGUCGCGGAGCUGGCGGUGGCACCGCCACCGAUGACAGCAAUGGAAUCAAUCGGUCCAACUCUUCCUCAAAUGUGCGCGACAGCGCCCCUGAAACAAGUUACGAGAAUGGCGAGAACGGUCACAAGAUUGCAUUCGAUCCGCGCGAUAUUAGCGAAAGCGCAGAGCGAAGCAAACAACCCAAGUUGACAUUGAUGGAGGAGAUUAUAUUGUUGGGGCUUAAGGAUAAGCAGGGCUACCUCUCGUUUUGGAAUGAUAAUAUCAGCUAUGCAUUACGUGGUUGUAUCGUCCUAGAACUGGCCUUUCGUGGCCGCAUUAGCAUGCAAAAGGAUCCUUCUAGGCGGCGAUUCCCCCUCGCGGACCGGGCAAUCGAAGUCAUCGACGACACCCUUACCGGCGAGGUACUACUAGACGAAGCUCUGAAGAUGAUGAAGCAGAGCGAGAAGAUGAGCGUAAGCUCGUGGAUCGACUUGAUGAGCGGCGAAACCUGGAACCUCAUGAAGAUCGGUUAUCAACUAAAGCAAGUCCGCGAGCGACUAUGCAAGGGCCUCGUCGAUAAAGGCAUCCUACGUACCGAGAAGCGCAACUUCUUGCUCUUCGACAUGGCAACUCAUCCCGUGGCCGACGGCGGCGCGAAAGACGAGAUCCGACGGCGCGUUAGAAACGUUCUGACCCAGCGAACUGUCGUUUUGCCUGCGUCCCAAUUCCUACCCGAGAACCUCGAGUUCCGUUAUAUCCGAACCAUCUCCAUGGUUUGCGCCGCAUACGCUGCUAACGUCUUGGAGAACGCCUUAAGCACGCUGGGCCACGAGGCUCGGGAGAGGGCUUUUACGCAGACCGACGAGUUACUCGCCGAGUAUUCGCAGUGGCCGUUUGGAAGGAAGACUGGCUCUACCGGCAUUGGAGCCAACCUACCGCAGGUCAUAUCUGAGGAAAUUAACAACGCUAAAGACAAAGAGCUCCAGCUUGAAGUUGUUGCCGCCUGUUUGAGCGUCUUCACCCGCCUCGAUUCGCUUCUAUAG